AUGUUGCCCACCAACGAUCCGCACUAUCUCCGAUACAUGAAGGAACAAGAAGAAGAAGAAAAGAAGAAGAAACAGAAUCAACAACAAGAACAACAUCAUCGUGAUGAUCCAUCUGCUUCAUCAUCAUCCACAUCGGAACGUCUUGUAAAUAAUUCUUCGGUUCGUUCCAAUAACAACAAAAACAACAACAACCAUAACAGAGCAUCUCCAAAACAUCAUCAAAAGCAAGAGGACAAUGAAGACGAUGCUUCCUUUCUUCCCAAAAGUAUUGCUAAUUAUCAGGUGAAUACGAGCCCAUCAUCUCACGAUAAACAACAAUUGGUAAGAACCAGAGAGGACCGAGAUGGAAUGAAUACCAAAGGAUCCGACCAUCACCAUGAUGAGAACAAUCCAACAACUGAAAUGAUCACGACUUCAGAAGAACUGGAUCAAGAGGUUUCCUAUCCUUCAUCAUUGGAUCCUCAUAGUGAUGAUGAUAAACAUUCAAUCCCCAACUCAUCACCACAAUCAAAACCACAUGAAGAACAGUCUCAACAACAAUACUACAAGGUCAUUGAUACACAUGUGGAUCAACAACAAACUCUCUCAUCAACAUCGAGAAGGUUGAAGAAACGCAAAAUGAAUGAUCGGGUUUCAUCAUCAUCAUCAACAAAAUCCGAGAACCAAGAAGAAAAUGCCACUCAAGUCUCAUUGACCUCAUCCAUGGAGACUUCCAUGAAGGCAAUGGAAUCUCCUCAUCCAGAGAGUAGCAAGACAAUGAUGCAAGGGGUAGAUACCAAUGUGGACCUAUCCACCCAAAUGGUACUUUACUUCCAUGUAUUCAUUCCGAGUGUUUAUUUCGAAGAUGAGGAUGACGAUCUCCAAUCGAAUAUAGCUCCGAAAAUUAGUAUUCUCUAUCAAAAUUCCUCUCAUGCGACAUCGUUCUUCUCCAAGAUGAAGAAGAAGGAAAACACGACCAAGAAAUUAAUUGUGCUGAAAAAAUCUUCUUUUAAUGAAGAAAUUUGGGUUGGAUGUGUUUUGCUUCCGAGAAAAUUAAGUUUUUUGCAAUUCAAAGUGUUGCUCGUCGAUCCCAAAGAUAAAAUUGUGAACAUUGACAAGGAAGUUAGUGGUGUGACAUUUUUAAACUCGCUGAAGAAACAAAGUUCACAUUUAUAUCUUCAAUUUAAACCGAAACAAGAGAAAAGUGUAGGAUUGUUAAAGUCAGCCAUUCAAACAUUCACACAGUCCAAGCGCUCAGUUUUGUUUUCUUUUGUGGAAGAGCUAUUCUUGAAUGCAUUAUCCAUUGCUAACGAAACUUCUCAAGAGAAAAGUAGUUCCGUAGAUGAUAGGCGCGGUGAUGACAAGGACGAUUUGACUCUGCAUCAACAAAUUCAAGAACAACAAGAAAAACUAAUUUAUUUUUAUGAACGGUUAGAUGGUCUCUUUCAAUGUUUGGAGCAUUUGACAACCAUUGGAAAAACUUCCUUUCAAGUGGCAGAACGAUAUGUUGCCAAAAGAAACUAUUUUCGAGACUCUACUGUGACUGAAUUGAAAAAUUUCUUGCUUGACAAUAUUGAAAAAUUUGGGGAAGAUACCACAAACGUUGAAUGUCGAGCAAUCAUGAUUCUUUGUCUUUUUGAAAGACUAUUUGCUCUCACUUCUCUAAAAGACCUGGAUAAUCUUCUGGAUGCUGUGUAUUUAUUGCGAUAUUUAGAUAUUUAUACGAUUUCAGCCAUUUAUAAUCAUGUUCUUUCUCAACAAUACAUCAAAUCUUCAAAGACGAACAAUAAUGCAAGCUAUUUGGACGAUAUCAAGAUAUUGUUCAAAUCCAGUGUUCAACAAUUGAUAAGAUUAUUUAUGAAGCAUUCUGAAAAGAAAAGUUUUUCAUUUUGGAUACUACUUUCUCCCUUCAUUCAUAGCGAAUUCGGCACAUCUUUUCAUGGAAACUUUAAUCAACUUGAUACGUUAAUCAUGUAUACUGAUAGGAAAAGGUUUAAUGAUGAAAUGAAAGAAUUGUUUGCCAUAGUGGAAGAAAGAAGUUCUCGCAUCAGCCAACACAUGAAUUUUGUAACAUCAAACCAAAUUUCCAUCAUUAUUUCGACCUUGUUCCAGCUGGCAUCUUCCUCUUUUGAGCACGUACAGGUGAUUUUACAAUUUGGUAGAUGUUUGAAAUGUGCUAACGAACAUGAACUCAAUAGCGUUUUAUUGAAAUCAUUUACUACCUUUGUGCAAGAGCACACAGAAUGGACAGAUGGAACAAAAGAAAAGCUUGCAAUAUUGAAAGGUAUUAUUUCUAGAGAGAAAUCAUUUACACGAUCCAUCUCUUUAUUGGAAGGGUUACUUUCCAAUGCAACACUUUCAUCAGGAGGCAAUAUUGGAUCCGUCGAUCAUGUUUUUGCUCCUGAAAUUUUUGAUAUUGUUUUCACCUUCUUUGAUGAUGAUGUAUUCGUUAAUAAUUGUAGGGAGAAUGAUAUGCAGAAAAUUUCCAAACUACUCAAAGAAAUGUUCAAGCAAAUAUUCAGCAAAAAGAAUUCCACAUAUUUGGUUCGGAAAUCGUUCAAAUUACUCGAAAUUCUUGAAUUUUAUGUAAGAAUGUCAUCUCGUCUUUCAAAAUCUAUUCUAAAAUUAGAAGAAUAUCAGUUGUGCGUACUCGAAUCAUUCAAGAGCAACUAUUAUUUUACAUCAGUGACAAAUCAAGACUUGCUGAAAAUUUUACUGGAUUUCGAGGCAAAAACAUCUAUGCAAGAUGGCACACUGUUUUUCAGAGUGUUAGAGGAUGUGACAUUUGAUAUUUGUAAGAAAAUGGGAUAUUCAUCCAAAGCAUUGAACUCGCUGUUGGAUUUUCUUGAAAAACAUCUCAACGGUUUGGAGACUGCCAUCACAGAACGACGUAGGGUUGCUCACUCCAUUGUCAAACACAUUACGAGGCACAUAUUCACAGAGGGAAGCAUGACAUCACUUUUGAACCAUUCAGAAUUGUGGUGUAGAUGUUUUACAUUAUGCAACUCCAGUAUAAGCACAGAAGAGCUUGAAAAAGCAAAUCAAUUGCUCGACCAUUGGUGUAACGCAAUUGUUGACCGUAGAGCAAAUCUUGAUAUGUUGAAAGAACUGUUUGAGGGAAAUAAUAAGGAAAAGUUUGUUCAAUUAGCAACGUCCACAGGAAGAGCUGUAUUGAGCCUUCCGACAUUGGUUGAACUUGAAGAUGAGGUGGCUCAAUUCAUCUCUUUACAAAGGAAAACACACGAUUUUUGUAAUCAUUAUUGCCAAAACGAACACGUUGAUAGCUCGUCGUUACGAGAUAUUCUAAAACGCUUGGACAUUUCAAUUGAACAACGUGCUCCAUUUGAUAGCAUCAAACUGUUACUGAAUGAUCAACCUUUCUUGAAAGAAUUGAACGAGCUUCAAUACCUAUGCAAGUCAGAGUUAUUUUUGCAAAUAUGGAAUCAAACAAUUGACGAAGUUGUUCAAAAAGAGACUCAAAUUGCCAACACCAACAUGAACAUUGAAGUCUCUGCUCAAAAGGUCGUUUUUUCCGUUAAAGAUCUGAAAAAUAGAGUGUUUGUGCUGAUGAUAAACAAGUGGCUCCAACUGUACAAUAAGUUAAAUGCGAAAACCAUUUCAUUCCAAGAAAUGGAACAUCAAUUCGCAGGUUUAGAAUCAGAAGAAGACAUUAAAAACGAGAUGAGGUUUCUCAAAACCACUUGCAAAGUAGAUGGCGACGUUGAAGGUAAUGCUACUUCUUUUAAACUAGUCGCGUAUAGCAUAGACUCGAAAGAAUGGUGCGAUUAUCACACAAAGAUCAUUCAUAGCUUCCUAUUCAUUGCAAAGCAAAAAACCUAUGUUCCUCUCGUCAUUAAGGUCUUGAGAAAGUUUAGCAAAGUUUUUAGCUCUUCCAUUUUUGAAGAUAAGUAUUUCAUGGGAUUGACAGCUCUACACGACAAGUUUUUUGUUGAAAAAUGGGAGAAUGGAACUCUUUUCGAUGUUGCUGACAUUAUCAGUGCUGCCAAAGAAGCUCUAAAACAUUUGAGUAAGAACGAGUUGGAUCUCAUUCAAGUAUUGGACCAAUCUGAUGAUCUUCUUGAAUGGCUAUGGCAACAUCAUAAUACAGUACAAUUCAACGAACUUAUAAGAGUUUGCAGAGAAGUCACUGCUGAUGAUGCUAUCACUCUUCAAUCAUUUGCCUCUUUAAUAAGCUGUCGUGAAUAUUUGUAUGAUAUCGUUUAUCCAGAAACGAAAUUUAAUUCAUGUGAACUUUUCUUACAGACCAUGAGGUCCCUUAAUUCUAACAAAGAUUCAAAAGAAAUUGAAAGAAGAAUUCAAGAUGUAUCGUUUAUUAGAAAGAAUUUAGAGUCUGUGAAACAAAUAUUUAGAGACAAGACAAGAAGUCCUUCUGUCAACUCUCUUCUCAAACUACUGGAAAUUAUGGAGUCAGGAUCUUUCAAAAUUUCAGCGAAAUCAAGUUUCACGUCAAAUGAAUAUUCAUUUGAGGACCUGAUUACAUACACACUCCCAAACUCUUCAAAGACCAAAACAUUUACCAUAUCUGACUUGUUGGAUAUCCGUACAACGGUUCUAAACACGUCUGUUCCUCGAGAGUUAAAAGAAAAACAUCAAAACCUAGAUUUUGAAAUGAAUCGCUUCAUUCAAUUAAUUAAUAUUCUAUUGAACCUAAAAGAAUCUGUGACAGAAUUGAUCAAGAAUGGAAAUAUAUUAAUUGACAACUAUGAGUAUGAAUUUUGUCUUAGUCAUCCAAACAGUGUCGAGAAAGAAAUUGAAAAGCUUAGAAAUGAAGCAAAUAGAUUGGACAUACUUAACUCUGCAUGGAAGAUAGAUAUCAAAAAUAUUCGACAAAAAUAUCCAUAUCUGAACUAUUUUAACAUGCGAGAGCUCAGACAAAUAUUGAAGUGGCUUGAAUGCAACGACACUACAAAUCUACACUCCAUGUUCAAAGCCAUUAGAAGAGAAUUUUCCGAUAGACAUUUAGAAUUGUUCAUAUCAGAAUGGCAAAACAAGUAUAAUUUCAUAGCUGUAGACAAUGAUUUUUCGUGCGCUGUACUAGAAAGCCUUGGAACCUUGCUGUUCACAUUAUUCGGUGACACUGAAGACAUAAUUUUACAAAAAGAUAGAGCCAUUGCGUUUUCUGCCAAAAAAGAUAUUGCUUUAUCCCUCACUAAAUCCAAUCAAGAUGUUGAAAAUGUGUUUGCGAUUUCCUGCCAAAAUGAACAAGAGGUUGAGUCAGUUGUACUCUCACUGUAUGCAGUGCAAUCAAGACUACCUGAAAUGUAUGAAGUAUUAAUGUGCAAUAGUAGAACAAAAUUGGAAGAUAUUUUACUCUUGUUUACGAGAUGGUCCCAAACAAGAUCUCAAUCCUUCGCUAGUAGGAGAAUAUUUACUUUAUCGAAUGUCCAUCUGCUGUCAUAUACAACGCAAUGUCAAGUGGUUGACAAAUUGAAAUUGUACCUUCACAAUCCUGAUAUCAAGAUGGCUCCUCCUUUAGUCAUUGUUUCGGGUAACGCCCACCAACGUAUUGUCAAUGCCUUUUCUAAUUUCAGGUUUGAUGGGGCUGCCAUUGCUCUCACCUUCGACGAAAUGGUUGAAGUUUACUCACAAGUUUGCAAUGUCUAUUCAUGUGGCACCUUUGUUUAUACGUCCAAGCACUCAGGAGCUGGUAAAACACAUUCAAUACUCAAGUAUGCCUUUGAGAACAAGUUGGAACUAGUUUCUAUUUCUUUAAGAGAAAGUGUUGAUGUUUCAAACUUAAUUUCUCAACUAAAAGAGAAAACCAACAGAAAUCAUCCUGUUACUCUCUAUUUCAACAUUUCAUCACAUGUUGACAGUAUUGUAAAUGCCAUACUUUUUCAGCUUAUUGUAGUUGGGUCGAUAUCUGAUUAUAAUGGACAGGUGUAUCACAGAAGAGAGGUUGAUAGUAUUUUGAUUGAGAUCCCUAAUGCUCCUCAAAAUAUUACUCUUGAAAAGUUUGUGCCCUUGUGCAAUUUCUUACCGAAACAUGUAUGUGAAGUGAACGCUGAAACAUUGAGCACAGAGAAAAAGUUUGAAUUAGAUGAGUUGGGAAGAAUUAUCUCAACCGUUAACAACAAGCUUAUUUUUGUUUGCUCAAUAUUGAAAGCAUUCGACAGGGGUAUCUUCUCAAAUCCAGAACAGUUUAACAAUUUUGUACAUGACGAAUAUUUGGAUCCACAAGAAUGCUUUGAGAUUUUGAUGCGAUAUUGUAAUAAUACUGGGCAACCAUCAUACGGUCUAAUUACGAAUUUUGUUGAUUUCACCUAUGAAUUUUUCCAGUCAAUUACGAAAUAUGAUAUGCUGCGUUGGCUUCCAAGCUAUGAGCCCUUAACUGCCAAAAUUCCUCACUCUCUCGUUGCUCUUACCUUGGAAAUGACAAAAGAUUUCGCUAUGAGACAGUUAGUUCUUAAUUUCAACACUUCCAAUCCCUCUCUAGAGGAAUACGCCAAACGUUUUUCAACAAUUCGAAAAUGGGAACACUCCACUCAUACGGUGCUAAUAUUCGCGACAGAAGAUCUGGGUGUUACAGGUUUCAACGUCAUUUCUCUGAGUCAAGAAUCAGUUAAAAAGUUCUUCAGUGAACAGGAAAUACAAAUUCUUCAUCUGCAAGGAUUGGACAUCAAUUUCGAUUUUAACAAAAGCUUAACCCAAAAUGGACAAAUAGAAACGGAAGUGCAAGGGCUUAAAUUUUUGACCAUGGUUAAUGGAGGUUAUAUUCAUGGAAUGGCAGAAUAUUAUGACAUUUCCCUAAGAGAAAAGAUUUCAAACAGCGAUUACGUACUUACUCAAGAUAAUCUGAUGAAAAUGUUUGCAAUUAUAUUACGAUUUAAAUGCAAUCUACCAGUGAUUAUUCUUGGUGAAACCGGAUGUGGAAAGAGUUUUCUUAUGGCCUAUCUCUGUAAAAUAUUGGAUAUGGAUCUUCGACGAAUUACGCUUCAUGGUGGUCAUACUGAGAAAGAUAUUAUUGAUUUCAUUUAUCCAAUUAUUGAGGAAGCAAAUAGCCACGAGAUGGCAAAUUAUAUUGUUUUCUUUGAUGAAUCUAAUACUUGUGCGCAUACUGGUAUUCUUAAAGAGAUUGUAUGUGAUCGUGUAUUGAAUGGCCUUCCAAUUCCUAAAAACAUUAAGAUUGUUUGCGCUUUAAACCCAUACCGUCUAAAGAACGAACAUACUAAAAGGAUUGAGGCCGUUAUUCAGUCUCAAAGUGGAAUUUUGUACAAACAUCCAUCAUUCAAGAACAUUCCUGAUCCUUUAGAAAACCUAGUGUACCGAGUUCAUCCUCUCCCAGAUAGUUUUGUUGAUCAUGUGUAUGAAUUUGGUUCUCUAUCCAUCGAAACAGAAAGAAUCUAUAUUCGUAGCAUGUUGCAAAAGGGACUGCGUUCCUAUGUGACACAUGCUCAACAAAAUCUGGCGUUAGAUGUAUUUGUUGACUUAAUAUGCACCUCCCAACAAUUCAUUAGAGAUACCAUGCACGAAGUCAGCGUGGUGAGCUUAAGAGAUGUGAAGAGAGCCGUGCAAGUUUUUUCGUGGCUGUUCGAAGAGCACAAAAAAGCCAGUGAUUCAGUGUUUUGGGACAUUAUCAAAUUGGAUAACCAACUGGUAGAUUUUAAUAUUCACAAUAUUAACUUUUUGAAGUGUCUUGUUUUGACUUUAGCGUUUACAUUUUACAGCAGACUCAACAGAGAUCAACGACUAUCCUAUCUACAACAGAUUUAUAAUGUUGCAAGACCUGUAAUUUCUUCACUCACACCUCAGUUCUUUAUUCAAACAACGACCAAGUAUCAAAUAGAGUUGACAACUCAGCUCAAUCCUGGAGAAGGUAUUUCUUUGAAUGAGGCCCUAACAGAGAACUGUUUUAUGCUCUUUUUAGCACUUCUAAACCACAUCCCAAUCAUAUUGGUUGGUUUUGCAGGUUCAUCAAAAUCUCUUGCCGUUGACUUGAUUUCAAAGGCAAUGAGGGGAAAGGCAUCGGCCAACAAAAGGUUGCAUCAUCUACCAGAUAUUAAUAUUUUUGCUUAUCAAUGUUCUCCAUUGUCAACAGCAAAAGGUAUUGCUCAAACAUUUAGAUCUGCAAGACGUUACGCUGAAGAAAGUUCAGGAAACUCUUCACUUUCUGUCGUAUUGCUUGAUGAAAUCAGUUUGGCUGAUUCUCCAAACUUACCUUUAAAAAUCUUACAUCACGAGUUGGAAGACUUGGAGAAGAUUAGUUUCAUUGCAAUCAGUAACUAUAGCUUGGACAGCUCAAAGAUGAACAGAAUGAGUAUUCUCUACAGAUCAAUACCAACAGCGAAAGAUUUAAAAAAUACUGCGAAAGGUAUUAUUGGAGUUAAAAAAUUGCAAUUGAACAAUUACUUGGAAAGUAUCGCCCAAAGCUAUUUAGAGCUUUUUAACACUCAAAAAAUCAAACUAUUUUUCGGAUUGAGAGACUUUUACCAAUGCAUCAAAUUUUUGAAUAGAGUGGUCAAUGAUAAGAUGCAAUAUGACGGUAAAGUGGUGAGCUUUGAUCAAGCAUUACUUUUGGCAAUUUUGCGUAAUUUUGGAGGAGUUCCAAAGGACCAAGUGCAUGCAAUCUUGAAAAUAUUCGAGACAAAAACUGGUAUCAACCUAUGUUCAAGUCAAAUAUCAAAGCCAACAAAUAAGGAACUUAUUCAAAUGAACUUGAAAGAUAGUACCAUGGCCAGACAUCUAAUGCUGUUAACACACAACAAUGCAGCCUUGAAUUUAUUGUUCGAUUACAAUAUACUUUCGCUAUCGGAUACGUUGGUACUUUUUGGUAGUGACUUUCCAAUGGAAAAUAAUGAUAACUUCACUCUAUCUCUUCAAUUACAAAAGAUCAAGCUGGCAAUGUCUGACGGAAGGACGGUAGUACUUGUACAUUGUGAAUCUCUUUAUGAAAGCUUGUAUGAUUUACUGAAUCAACAUUAUGUAGUUGUUGAGCAGAAGAAGUUUGCAAGAUUGGCAUUUGGAAAUGAAUCUGUGACAUGUUCUGUGCAUGACAACUUUAGAAUUAUAGUAAUUGCAGAGGCCAGCGAUGCAUACUCCAAACUAGCGGCACCUUUUUUAAAUAGAUUAGAAAAGCAUUCCUUCAACCGUAUUGAUUUCAUGACAGAAGAAAAUAGUAUUUCCUUGUCCAUGCUAGAAACAUUUGUUUCAAAUUUGGUUGAGGACGGACUUCAAAAUCUUUCCAAAAUUUUUGUAGGAUGCCAUGAUGAAUCUCUUAAAAGUUUAGUUCAAGCAUUGUAUUCCACUGAAAUGGAUAAUAUGGUUGAUGAAGGUACUUCUUAUGUGUACCUCAAUGCCAUUGAGAAAUUACUGUGGGUUGCGUCACCUGAAUACAUUGUAAAGUCUGGCAACCGGGAAAUUAUUGAAAAAUAUUUCACCCAACAAGACCAUAGCUCACUUUCGUCAUUUUUAAACAAGGUAUUUUCACAUCCUGAAGAAUGGGCAUACACGAAAUCGAACGGUAUUCAAGCUGUUGUGAUGACAUACUCACCUCUCGAUAUUAAUAUUGAAAAUUUGGUUAGAAACGACGUUACCUUUGUGAAGAAUGAAGAAAUGAUGACCAAAUUCAUUCAACUCCAUGAACUGAAAACAUCAGCAGACCUUAAUUCUGAACUAGAUCAAUUUUUCAAUUCAGAUGACGAUCAAUCAUUGCUUAUUAUUUUAGCAGAUCCUAACGCUUCCUCUGUUCGAAGAAUUCGUUACGCUCAAUACACUUGUGAAAAUAAGCGUGAACUUUUCAUCAAAGACAAUCCCUCCAAGAUUCGUAAUGUGGUCAUUGUAGUGAAUUUAAUUAGAGGACUUUCCAUUCAAGAAUCUCGAUUCACCUUCGAUUUUGACAAGCGUUGGAAUUACGUAUUUAUAGAUGACAUUUGUUCAUAUGCAAAAGCGGUGUUUCCUGAUAUGUACACAUUGGUGAGCAAACCAUUGAGCAAGAUUAUUACUGAAAUUCCCAUCAUGGAUUUAAGCUUGUCAAAUUUACACAACUCUCUUUCGAGAAUUGUGUACCCAUAUCCAAGAACUCCUGAUUCUAUUCAAAAACAAAUUGUUACAAUCCGGAAUUUAUUAUCGGACCCACAAAAUAGAUUUUAUGAAAUCGUUCAGGAAAAGAUGUUAGAUGUGCUAAAACUUACUAUAAAGCACGACGAUCGAUGGUAUUUGGAGGUAAUAGAAGACGAGAAACUCUUGCAGAUAUGUGGUACUUUGAACUCUGCUUUGCAAUAUUUCAUCUCCAAGAAACUGUUCAUUACGUUUGCAGCAGUACUGAGCUUGAUCGACAGGUUUAAUAACUUUUCACUCCUGAGCGACCAUGCUGUUCAAGAAGUGUGGCUGCAAAUAUUCGACCAAAAUGUUCAACCGAAAAUGAUUCAAGAUUUACUAAUUUCUGAACAGUUACACGGGCACAUUAAUGUGCAAUACGGAACACAAAUUCCUCACUUUAAUUCUCAAUUUCCAUUCAGUUUUUUAAUUUCUCUUGUCAGCGAGAACGUAAGGAAAAACAUGGUUGAAAAUAGCAACGACAAGGACAGCAUGUUGGAGAAGUUAGAAAAGAAUUUCGAAUUUACAUAUCCAAAUCUAUUGCAGUAUACAUUUACUAACAACAAUUCAUCGAAUCUAAUGAUUGAUGAGAACAAGCAAUAUUUAAAUUACUCAAUGGCUGAACGGUUCAUUCAUGAUUAUUUCAUCAUGUACGGCUUCAAAAGCUCAACACUGUCUCACGAUGAAUGUCAACAGUUGGUCAUGGAAAUUGUAAAUAAGGACUUGAGAAACAACAGUGAGUUUUCUAUUACAGAUCUGCAGGUUGCGUAUUGGACACAGGAACCUAGAAUCAAGACAUACUUCCAAGUAUUGGAUCUAGUUAGAGAUUCUAAACUUUUUGAAAACUUGAUCUAUAAUAUUCCAACCUUUGAAUCAAUUAUUGAUUGUGACGUUUUCUUGUAUCAAUUAGUGGUAGAUGUAAUCAACCCCACUGUUGCCAUCAACUGGCAUUCAUUAGUAGAGAUCGAACAGAGUCGAGGUUGGGUUUCCAAAGUUCAGAUCCUAUCAGAGUGUUGUCGGCUGCUGAGACAAUUAAUUGAAAGCAGCAUGCUCACAGAAAAUGUUAGCGAUAACACUCGAUCAAACUAUGUCAAACAAAAUCAUACAUGGAAGUGUAUAAGCUUCUUCACCAAAUUCUUACAAGAUUUGGCAUUCAAAAAAGGAAUUGAUGAGGAUUCUUUGGAUGUGUCCAUUUGUGAAAAUUAUUGGAAAAAGUUGUCAAGUUCAGAAACAACUCACUUCGAGCAGCCUAAUAUGUUGAUAGAUUUUCUUCAAACGCUCACUGAUAUUAACAAGAGAUUUAGUCGAUCUGAGAUUGCUGAAGAUUUCGAAUGUUUCAUUUGCUAUUCGAUUCCAGAACCAAGCCAACUGAGAAAAACUAAAUGCUGUUCCAGAUAUGUGUGUACUGAAUGCGCUCACGAUUUUUGCUUAAGAAAGACGCGAAAUGGAACCCCUUUUCAACCAUGUGGAUGGUGCCAGAGAGGUGUUAAUUUAUCAUCAGUGGAAACAUAUGCUGAGUUGUGCGAUCAACAUCUUGAUCAAGUCCAAGAAAUGUCUUCCAAAGAAAAUAUUUUUAUUGAAAGGGCAAGCAAAUUGAUUGAGAUAUUCACAACUCAAUAUUGUUUGCAAUCCGAAAACAUUGAACAAUUGUCUACUUCCCUUAUUUCGACCAUCGUACAGUAUUUGAGCGAAAACAAAAAGGUUUUAUCUGAGAACAAGUUAUUGAAAUUCAUUGUCAACGAUUCAAUCAGGUCCUCCGUCAUUCGAUCGUUGUUUGCUUUGAGCAAGCAAAAUCAUGAGAUUAAUGCUAUUAUUGAACAUGAAUUAGAAGAGCAACUCUCAAGAUUAUAUUCAGAGUUUAAUCACGCAGAUUUCCCUCUUGCUGUUGCCAUUUCACAGAUUUUGGAAGACGAAAUGGAAUCAUCCAUGACUGAAGAAUCGGACAAGGAACAAUUGUUGCACCAAAAACUGGACGACCUCAAGGCUGUGGAACCUCUUCCAGGUGAAAUACUGAAAUUUUUGCAAAAUAUUAGUUCCUGUAAGGUAGCAGUGCGAUGGUUUGCACAGUAUGUGACAAGCAAAAAGGAACCUUCAUUGGAAUUCACAGAAACGAUCGAUAAUUUAUUCCAAAAUAAUUAUUCCCUUCUCGUAUUUUUCUUGAGAGAAUUGACAAAAGUCAUUGGCCUUUCUGCCACUAGAAACAUGAUUAAUUAUCAUCCCUUGCUAAAACAAAUGAAAUUUAUCGAGACAUGGAAACAAAGAGAAGAAGUCAUUAUUUUCAUAUCAGAUAAUGGAGCUCUUUCAGACUCGAAUCCUUUUGCUACCUUGUAUCAACAAUUACCAAAUGCAGAUUUGAAUUACAAUACCAUGCGAGAUGCUUUGGAACAAUUGCGUGUAUCAGAUGCUAAAACUGAUACCCUAUUCAACACAUUAUAUGAGAAAUCAAGAAACUCAAGAAAUAUUUUUUGUGCCUUGCUGUUAAUGACAUUGCUGGAGCAUGUGACGUUGAGACAUAAAAUUUCACAAAACAACAAUCAUCACUUGCUUGUUUGGAUGAGGAAUAACAAAGCCAAGCUUGUUGUGUUUGGAAAUAUUUCGGUUUCUCAUAUUGUGGAAAGAUUAAUUGAGAACAAAAUACCUAACUUUGAAGUCACUCCAGAAACACCCAUGUCAAAGAUUCAUUUAUUGCGAUGUCUCAUUCACCAAAUUGCAAUGGUCCUAUGGAAUUUGAACGCUCCUGCAAUGGGAUUUUUCUCUCACUGCUUGACAGACAUUGCUCCACUUCGCAACACUCUAUUCCCAACCAUGAAUGAUGACAUUGUGUCAACAUUAACACAAAUCACAGGAGGAAAGACCUACACGUGCCCCAAUGGUCAUGCAUACAUCAUAACUGAAUGUGGUCGCGCAUGGGUUACCGAUUUUUGCAGAGAAUGUGGUCAACCCAUUGGUGGAGGCAAUCACAUUCUAUUAAAUACUAACAGAGAGUACCACAAUGCAGACAAUACUCCUUUGAAUUAUUGUGCAAGAAGUGCUGCAGAAGAAACCAGUCCAGCAGAUGUUCAUAGCACCAACAGAGAUUUGUCCUCAACUGAGUUUAGAUUGAUUCGAUUGAUCAUGAGUGGCUUACUCUUUUCCAGUGGCGUCUUCUUCAACAAUAAUACUCGAAUACUCAUCAAUACUCAAUACUGUAAUCCUCGAGAUGCUAAUCAAUAUUUUAUGGAACAUUACAUGAAUGAUUGGCACAUUCUUUCGCAAUUAACAGGACGAAAUGAAGAGGAUUUAAGCAUCAUCCUGCAUCAUACAUUUGCAUUAAUUAUUAGCAAAGCUUCCACACUGAAUACCAUGUUCCGGUUUAACACCUUAACAAACAAAGAUGAACGACGACCUUUCGAAAAUAAUUUUUGCAUGCAACUACUUGAAGGAAAUUUUAAACCAGAUCGUAUGAUGACAUUUAUUCAAGAGGCACUACAAAGACACAACGGAGAAAGAAGGGAACAUAACAUCACCUUAACAAAUAGUAAGCUUUUGAAACACAUGUAUCCAGACCAAGAAGUUCUCUCUAUUCAGGAACGAAAUCUUUUACUUCCAUCAAUUUUCAUGCCUGUUGAGAACAUUACUUUGGAGCAUUUCAUGAAUAGCCUUAAACAAACUUCUUCGAUAGACAGCCUUCAGGCAUUAACACUUGUUGUUGAUAAUAUGGUAGCUCUUCAAGCUAUGCAUUAUUUACCAAGCAUUUUUGAAUUGUAUCGUUUAGUGUGCAAGAGAUUUGACAAGAGAAUUCGCCGAGAACAUGCUCUGAACACUACUGUGCGUCAAACUAUUUCUGCCAUUGAGGAUGAAAACGAAAGAAAACUGUUUGCUGAAUGUUUUGAAUGUUUUUCACAAGCUUGGAAUUCGGUCUUCAAACUAGUGGAGAGAUAUGAAUGUUUAGAAAUUCCACAUCACAUGAAGGAGGUUAAAAUGUCUCAAGAUCAGCCACUCAUUUACAUUGUACCAUCUGAAAAGGAUGAAUCACUCUUUGGCAUUGCAUUGGUUCACUACUUGGUUGGAGUUCAAAACAAACUUUCAGAGUCGAUAUCAAAAGAAUAUUUCAACAUGGAAUCGAAAGAUAUUCGUGUUGUGACAAGUCGAGAAUUGACACCAGUUCAUGUUGUUAAUAUUUCCUUGGAACGUCAUUUACUUCCUUUCAUUAAGGAUCACUGCAAUCGUUCUCUCAGUUUUGAAAAGCCACAACAGAUUAUUUACGACUUUGCCUUUAUUCAGACAUACUUGGUUGACAAUUUCUUUUUAGGAAAACCACUGAUUGAAAUUCAAAUCAAAAUGCUUGAUUUCACUGGAGAAAUCAGAACGACAGGAGCAAAAGAAAAGUUUUCUGCACUUAAAAAACGUAAUACAAAGAUUUCUAAUGACAAGUUGAGCCAAGAGGAGCAAGAAAUGGUCAUUAAUGAAUUAGGAGGACCAGGUGGUAGAUCCGAACGAUGUGUUUCUUGUUUUAGAUACGUUGAAAUGGCCAUUCACUUUAUUCAAUCAUCAAUUUCAGCAGAAUCAGGAGUGAGUGUACAAUUUUUGGAAAAAUAUCUGGUCGAUUAUCUCGAAAAGGAUUUAAUGAUCAAUGAUUCAAGAAAAUUGUUUGGUUCUUUAUCUCAAAGUCUACAAAUUAAGCAUUUGGAUCAUUUAUUUGAAAUUCUUGAACAACAUUUGACUUUGGAUAUUUUCGCAGGAAUACACGACAACUACAAGGAACCCUUGUCACAAGAAUUGAAAAACAAGUUAUCGACAAAGGUUGUGCCAUAUAUUGAUUGCCAAAUGUUAAUGACUUCCAUGAGAGAUGCAAUGGUUAAAUAUUUAUCAGAAACCUUUACUCAAAAAGACUCGGAUUUAUGUGAUUGGUUGCAAGAUUUACCAUUACCUGAAUAUUUCCAAGCGGGUCAAGGAGAACAUGCACUCGAUGUUUCAACAAUUGGAGAAUUGGAUUGGUUCAGAGAAAUUCCAAAGAAGACCUUCAAAGUUGCUCAUGCUUUAGAUUUUUACAAGACUUUGGAAGAGACCCUUGACCACAAGCCCAAACAAUAA